CUGCAUCGAGCACCGAAUCGAGUCACUCAUGGUUAACCACAUGUGCUGUAAGUGUACAAGAAUACCAUUCACGAGUUCUUGUUUAAAAAUAUCUCAAGUUAUUUUAACUUUAGUUAAGUGAUGGUGGUGACAAUAUGUGAUUUUGUAGUGACUUUUAAUUGUUUGUUGUUUUGUUUAUACGGAUAGUACUAUGAUUAAGUGGUUAUCGUUGUUUUUAUUGUUAACAGUUUUGGAAACGUCAAAUUCAUUGGAACUUAGAAGUUACAUCUCUUCCCAAGGUCUUCAUGGCACAAUUUCGUUCACCAAAUUAAAAGAUGAGAUUUUAAUCCGUACUGAUUUAAAAACCACACUAGAGUACCCUACUCAAAUAUGGUCCUGGUAUCUUUCUGAAUUCCCGGUAGAUUACUCACAGCUAGAAGACAGAUGUCAAAAUUUAGGAAAAAAGAUCUUGCCAUUGCAGGAUUCUUUUGGCUAUCUCAUCCUUCCAGACAAUCAAACUGCAGAAUAUGUUACCAAAGAAUUAAAAAUCAGUGGACCAUUGGGCCUAUACGGAAAGUCAUUAUUAUUUAAAAAUGAGGACACCAAUCAAAUUAUAUGUGCCUCGAUUACUAUGGUGGACAAAACCAAAGAAAAAACUGCAGUUGCACGAUUCAACAGCCCUAUAGCAGGAAAUGUAUAUUUCAGGUGGUUUUCCACCAGCGAUAAUCAGACAGAUAUGUUAGUAAUGACUGAUCUCUAUCAUGUACGCAACAAAGAAAAUUUUAGUAGGUCAUUACAAAAUACAGAACAUUCUUGGAAGAUUUAUGUAACCGACAUUUUGGACUCGGAUGAAAAUAGACACGUGGAUAAUUGUAAUAUCCUUCAGCUUGUUUUUGAUCCAAAUGACAAAGGAGGAGGAAAAGCCAUUGGAGAUGUGGAUAAAAGACUGGGCAAAGUUAAGGUAUCAACCGAUUACAACAAAUAUAAGUUUAAAACUUUAUAUAGAGAUGAAGAACUGAUAUUAUUACCUGGCGAUCUCAAUGGCCCCCAAAGAAGACUGUAUUUGGUUCUAUUUGAAACUAAACAUGAAGAUGUUUUUUUAGGAUGUGCCAAAAUUCAGUACGACUCUGUAGUAAAUAGCAGGGUGAUCAUUCAAUCAGGUGGAAUAAAAGGAGACAUCCGAAUGACUCAGCAUACCAAAUUUGAGCCAACGUUUUUGACAUUUAAUUUAACAACAGCUAGGGGUGAUCUAGAAACAAGAAUUGUUUACAGUUCUACUGUAGUUGCAUACAAAAUCCACGAACUACCCAUGAAACCUUCCAGAUCCGUAGGUCAGAAUGAAAAUACUUGUUUUACGACUAACUUUGUCUACAAUCCUAUGAAAAUUAAUUUAAACAAUGUACCUCCUAAUGGCUUUGGAACACAGGACCAAUACGCUGUAGGCGACUUAUCUGGUAAACUUCUGGGAAGAAAUAAUGAAACUAUGCUUGUACCAGGAACUCAAGAACUAAGUGGAAAAUAUUGGGAUACUUAUCUCCCAUUGCAAGGAAGGUAUUCAUCUGUUCAUAGGUCCUUAGUUAUUUAUAAGAAUACUCAAUAUCCUUCAUCAGAACUAAUCGCAGAACCUUGGAUAUGUGGCGGAGUAACCUUGUACGAACCAAAUUUCCAAUACGAGAAACAAAUUUUUACCGCCCAGGUUCUCUUUAGGUAUCCAACAGUAGGAAGAAUGCUAAUGAGACAGGUUAAGGAUGAACCUUGGGCAGAUACAACAAUACUAAUCGAAUAUUUAGUACACGCAGAUGGAGCAGCUCUUAAUAACUCAGCUGAACACAGGUGGGCCAUCCACGAGCUUCCUCCAGGAAAAGAUUUUUAUAAUUGGACGGCAAGAUGUUUAAGUUCCGGAGCUGUAUAUAAUCCUUAUAAGGUGGAUUUUGACAAUAGAACAUCCCCUGACCGAUGUAAUAUGAAUGCUAUUGGAAUAUGCAGACUGGGAGACAUUUCAACACGUCAAGGUACAAUUGAUAUUUCUGGAAAAAUAGCUGAUAGUGACAAAAUAUCUAGAAAACUGUGGACUGACCCGAUGAUACCGUUAACAGGUUUUCACUCUGUUUUGGGAAAAUCGCUUGUCUUAUACGACGACCAUGGACCUAAAGCCAGAGGCGAAAGACUAGCUUGUUCAAGAAUUGGUGGUGUCUACAGAAGAAAAGCUGUUGCCAGGGAUUGGUUUCCUAACGGUUAUGAUCUGACAGUUAAGGGAAAAAUAGAAUUUGUUCAACAAACUGAGUACGACAUUACAGAUGUUGACGUUGAUUUGGAAGGACUGACGUCUGUUAAAGAUUAUCACAUACACAUGACACCAGUUGAAGAAAAUCUUGAAUUUCCAUGCGAAAAAACAUCACUGUACAGUACUUGGAAUCCUUUAAAUGUAGAUCCUGCAUCAUCUCCUCGCGCUUACCAUGGUACCCCCGACCAAUAUGAAGCUGGUGAUUUAAGUGGAAAGUUUGGAAGCCCUAUUAAUCACACAAUGUACAAAACCUACUAUAACGACACCUUGUUAAGUUUGUUUGGGCCAAGAAGUAUUUUAGGAAGAUCAAUAGUAUUAUUCAAAAGGAAAUCACGAAGAUGGGCUUGCUCAACUAUUGAACGAGGUUACAGUCCAUCAGAAGCAAGAGAAUUGCGAGCCAUAGCAUCCUUCCACAACCCUAAUGGUCAUGCGUUUGGUUACAUGAAGAUGAGACAAUUAAUUAAUAAAGAUGGCAGCCCUAGCGAUACUACAAUUGAAGUUAAGCUUAGACAUCCUGGAAAAAAUGACAGAAAUGUGACAAGGGAGCACAACUGGGCUAUCUAUGUCAAUCCAGUCGGUGUAGAUGCCACGGUAAAAACUCUAGCAACUAGAUGUGUAGCUGGUGGAUAUGUAUGGAAUCCUUAUUUUACUCAACUGGCUGAUCCGUUAAAUACUGACUUGUACCAACAAGAAUGUGGCCCAGAGAAUCCCCUUCGAUGUCACGUGGGUGAUCUCUCAGCUCGAUUAGGAACUAUAGAUAUUGGCCUAGAAAGAAAAGUUUUUACCGAUUCAAACUUUCCACUAGAAGGUGACGUAACCGCUAUUGGAAGAUCUAUCGUCAUUUUAGCACCAGAUAGAAGAGGAGAGAGAUACGCUUGUGCGAAUAUCGAACCGGACUAUGAUAUUAUUAAAUAUGCUAAUAUUGAAAAACCGCCCAGGUUUGUCGUGGCUCAAUUUAUUGAAGAUAUUAGAGAAGUGAUGGGGAUCCCUGAGUGGUUCUUGACGGUUGAUAGUAGAAAAACCAGAUCGUUACAUAACGAUGGCUGCGUACAGCUUCUUUUACAUUUUAAGGGGCCAAUCGCUACCCGGUUAGAGCAAGAUUUUAACAAAUUGCUUCUACACGGAAGGUUAGAUGCGCCGAGUUUAUACAUUCCAGGAUAUAUAAAUGAAAAAAGGAAGGUUAAAAUCGCAUACAAAUUAUGUGGUACAAAAGAUCCAAAUGAAAAAAGUAAAAAAAGGAAUAGCCUUUUCUUCAGAUCCAAAGCCAGUGCUGCAACUUUGACUGAAUUAACCAUUUCCGUUUGUUUAAUAUUAACAUACAUAUUAUGUUAAUAGGUUAAAUGUAUAUAUUGUAAUUAUAGCUUUAUUUAUUUUAACAUUGCUGUAAAGAACACUAUAAGAAAUAAAGGUUUUUCUAAAAAUA